AUGCGCGCAUUCGGCGACCGCUCCCGGUCCUCAGACCGCAGGGCGAGCCUGAAGCCGAGGAGGAGGGGCGCCGCUGAGCUGAAGCCCGCGGCGAAGGUGGGCGAGAAAGCGCGCGGGCACGAUGAGAGAGCCAGGCCGACGGAGCCGUCGCGGCGCCAGUCGCCCUCGCCUGCAGCGGAGCCUGCGGCCUCGCCGCCGCCCGCCUCGGACGCCGCGGCGGAUCCGGAGGAGCCCGCCGCGUCGGGCCAGCGCAGGCGUCGGCGGCGGAAGCGCACCGCCGAGGAGAAGGAGGCGAGGGCGCAGGGCCGCCGCCACGGGCGCCGCCGGCGAGACGCCGGCAGCCCCGCCGAGGACGAGGCGGACAACGAGACCGCGGCCUCCGGCGCGGACGCCAGCCUGGAGGCGACCGAGGACGCAGCAGACGCGAGCCCCGAGGGCGGGCGCGCGUCCGCGGACCCCCGCAGGCAGCAAGUCGGCGUUGUCGAGGAGUCGGCCGAGGAAAAGCUAUUCGCGGCGGUCUUGGAAGCAGCCGGGGCUCGCGAAAGGGCGCUAGAGCCGAAGGCUGCUUCGGGCAAAGUGGCGCGCAAGCGCAAGCACCCCAAGACCGAGGGCGCGUCAGAAGCCGAGCGGCGCCGUGCAGAAAGCGGUGCGGAGGCGGCAGAGGGGGAGGCGGGCAAGGCAGACAGCAGCGAGGCCGCUGCCGCCGAUGAAGGCACCGAGCCCAGAGGCCCCCCGGAGAAGCACAGGUCGGCAAAGGGCAAGGCCGAGAACCGCGAGAAGAAGGCCAAAAAGGAGAAGAAGCACAAGGAGCACCACAAGAAGAAGGCCAAGGGGUCCAACCAGAAGGGCGAGGGCGGCAAGCAGCAGGAGUCCGACGCCGCGGCCGCACGCUUCGGGGCGCUGAUCCGCGACGUCUACAGGCGGAAGAACCCCGCGAAGCUCGGAGACGUGGACGAGCUCCUGGCGAAGUACGCCGGUGCCGAGGAGGAGCUCUACGACAGCAUAUGUGAGAAAUACGGGGAGGAGCCCAAGCGCGCGGGCACUGCCGCCCCACCCAGGGCGCAGCCGCCCGGCUUUGGCGCGGCAGCCCGCGGCUUCGCCCGGAAGGCCAGCGCACCGCCGCCGCCGCCGGCCCUGGCGGCCGUGCCGGCACCCAACGGCGAGGCGCCGCAGGAGGGCGGCUGGCCGUUCGUCGAGGAGUUCUCGAUGAACUCCGAGGACUCGGACUGCUCCAGCGAGCUGUCGAUGGCACAGGCCCGCCGGUCGGCCGUGGAGCCGCCGACGGCCAGCCUCUACGACGACUUGGUGCCGAGGGCCCGCGUCCGGGUCGCGAAAGCCAGCACCGAGCACGUCGCCACCGGCUUCGGCGCGGGCAUCUUCGGCGCGGAGGCGCCGUCGCCGCCGGCGCGCCCGCCGGGCGCCUUCGCGGCGCCCGUGGAGCUGCCGGCGUUCCUGGGGCGCUGGCGGGACACCAUGGGGAACGAGGUGCAGGUCGACUGGGCGCGGCCGGGGAGCCGCGGCGGGCAGCUGGACGUGACCCUCUCGAGGCCGCGGAGCAGCCGGGAGCCCAUCAAGCUCUGCGUGAAGGCCAGGGGCUCAGGGCGGUUCGCUUGUGGACACUACGACCUCGACACGCAGAACAGCACCCUCGACCGUAUCAUCUGGCUGGACACCAGGAACAAAGGAAAAGACUCGGUGUGGGAACGCCCUGGCAACGGGCACCCGCCGUGA